UGGGCCAUAGUUAGUUUCAUACUUCUUUCUUUUUUGGUUUUCGAUUCUGUCGUGAUCGUAAUGAGAGACGCAGUAAGGUCACAAUGUUUGCUGAGGCUGAUGGCUUUCCAAGAGCCAGAAAUGGCAAAACCAUCCAUUCUGAUCCCAACAUUUCCAUCACUGAUCCCGCCAGUGAAGAUGAUUUCAACAUCCGAUACAGCAGCGCAUCGGCCGCCCCCGCUUGUUAUGAAGUCAACAGGGUGAGUUGCGAAGCUUCACCUUUGACCAUGUCGCCUUGGAAGCAAGCUUCUCCUUUGAGCAAAAAGCCAUGGACCCACUCCGACGAAGCCAACGUUCCGGCUAAUAGUCUCAUCGGCUCCAUUGUACGUGAAGAAGGGCACAUUUAUUCAUUGGCAGCAACAAAGGAUCUUCUUUACACUGGCUCUGAUAGCAAGAACAUUCGUGUGUGGAAGAAUUUGAAAGAAUUUACAGGGUUUAAGUCAAACAGUGGAUUGGUUAAGGCCAUUGUUAUAUCUGGUGAAAAGAUUUUUACGGGUCAUCAAGAUGGGAAGAUUCGUGUUUGGAAAGUGUCGCUUAAGAACCCCAGCAUUCAUAAACGAUCUGGAACCUUGCCAACUCUUAAAGACAUUCUUAAAAGCUCCAUUAAACCAAGCAGCUACAUCGAAGUGAAACGUAAGCGUUCUUUAUGGAUCAAACACUCGGAUGCGCUGUCGUGUUUGAGCUUGAACAGCGAACACGGUCUUCUUUAUUCGGCUUCAUGGGACCGGACAUUCAACGUUUGGAGAAUUUCAGAUUCUAAAUGUCUCGAAUCGGUUCAUGCACACGAAGACGCUGUUAACUCAGUGAUCUCCACCGCGGGAGAAAUGGUUUUCACUGGUUCAGCAGAUGGAACCGUCAAAGUGUGGAAAAGAGAACUGCAACAUAAAGGAACAAAGCAUAAGUUGGCUCAAACACUUUUACAACAAGAAAGCGCGGUCACUGCCUUAGCCAUCAAUGCCGCUGGUUCAGCAGUUUACUGUGGUUCCAGUGAGGGCCUGGUCAAUUUCUGGGGGAUUGGAAAGCAAUUAUCCCACGGUGGAGUCCUUAAGGGCCAUAAAUUAGCCAUUCUUUGCCUUGCGGCGGCUGGGAAUUUGGUUUUCAGCGGGUCAGCUGAUAAAAGUAUAUGUGUUUGGCGUAAAGAUGGCAACAUCCACACAUGCCUUUCGGUGCUGACGGGGCACACUGGGCCAGUGAAGUGCUUGGCCGUCGAAAAAGAUCAUGAAUCGGGGAAUGACCAUCGAUGGAUCGUUUACAGUGGAAGCCUUGAUAAGUCCGUCAAAGUGUGGAGCGUUUCGGAGUUUGCUCAGGCAAUGUCGAAGGUGGGUGACCAUGAGAGCAAUAGAGAGGCUUUCCCGGUGGAAGGGAGCUAUUCCACGAACUGGCUCAUCGAACUAUACGUGUAUACGUGUGAAUAUUAAUUUAAAAAUAUUGAAAAUCUUAAUGUUUAUUGCCCCCGAA